AUGAAGUUCCAUGGGGGAAGUCUGGGAAUUGCCAAUUUACAGCAGCAAAACAGAUCUGCGCAGAAUAUGAAACGACUGACAAAAACGCUGUUGUUUGCAUCUAUGACCGCCAUACUUUCCUGGCUUCCUCUACUCAUUGGUAACUGUUUAGUGGCCGAUCAUGAGGUCUAUAUACCGCCACAUAGUUAUUGGUUAUACUUAAUUCUAAUGAAUUAUACCAACUCCAUCAUCAAUCCAGUUCUGUACGCAUUAAGAAUCUAUGAGUUCAGAUCAUCUCUGCUGUUGUUGUGCUUAAGACGCCCCGUCGUAGUGAGAGGCGAGGAAAGAGGGAAACAAAGAGAUGACAGAAGUGACCUUUCAGCGCAUGCAUUGCAGCUUGAAACAUCUAAGGAAGAAAUUAUGGAUACUAAAUUUUGA